AUGAGGCCGCCCUUCUACCCCUGCUCCAACACCACCUGGGUGGAGAAGGGCAACUCGGCGACGAUGAGCGCGGUGCUCUUCAGCGCGGGCCUGCUGGGCAACCUGCUGGCCCUGGCGCUGCUGGCGCGCUCGGGGCUGGGGUCGUGCCCGCCGCGCCAGCCGUCGGUCUUCUACGUGCUGGUGUGUGGCCUGACGGUCACCGACCUGCUGGGCAAGUGCAUCGUGAGCCCCGUGGUGCUGGCUGCCUACGCGCAGAACCGAAGCCUGGGGGUGCUGGCGCCCGCGACGGGCCCCUCGCUGUGCCGAGCCUUCGCCUUCUCCAUGUCCUUCUUCGGGCUCUCCUCGACGCUGCAGCUCCUGGCCAUGGCGCUGGAGUGCUGGCUGUCCCUGGGGCACCCCUUCUUCUACCGACGGCACGUCACCCUACGCCGGGGCGCGCUGGUGGCGCCGGUCGUGAGCGCCUUCUGUCUGGCUUUCUGCGCUCUGCCUUUUGCCGGCUUCGGGAGGUUCGUGCAGUACUGUCCUGGCACCUGGUGCUUCAUCCAGAUGGCCCACGAGGAGGCCUCGCUGGCGGUGCUGGGCUACUCGGUGCUCUACUCCAGCCUCAUGCUGCUGGGGGUCCUCGCCACCGUGCUGUGCAACCUGGGCGCCAUGCGCAACCUGUACGCCAUGCACCGGCGGCUGCAGCGGCGCGCUGGCUCAGAGAGCAGGGAGCGCACCGGGUCGCGCGCCGGCGAGCGGGAGGCGUCCGCGCCGCCCCUGGAGGAGCUGGACCACCUCGUGCUGCUGGCCCUCAUGACGGUGCUCUUCGCCAUGUGCUCCCUGCCGGUGAUUUAUCGUGCUUACUAUGGAGCAUUUAAAGAUGUGGAGGAGAAAAACAUAGCUUCUGAAGAAAAGGAAGACCUCCAAGCCUUGCGGUUUCUAUCUGUGAUUUCAAUUGUGGACCCUUGGAUUUUCAUCAUUUUCAGAACUUCAGUAUUUCGGAUGUUUUUCCACAAGAUUUUCAUAAGACCACUUAUGUAUAGGAAUUGGCACAGCAGUUUCUACAAAAUGAAUAUGGAAUCCAGUCUGUGA